CUUCAUCAUUAGCUUUUGCUUAAACUACUUAGCUAUCGAGGUCGGAGUCUAUCCCUUUAUGUGGUUUAUACCAUCGUUACCCCGGGGUCACAUUUCAAGAGAGGUAGAGAAUCCGAAAGGGGGUUGAAAUAGGGGCGUGAUUCAAAUACUUUCGGUUCAACUGCGAGUUCAUCAAUGAUCAUGAUUAUACUCCUUCUGAGGCCUCGGGAUCUUUAUAUGAACAAGUUAGAUCUCCCAGUUUCCUUCCUCCUAUCUCCAGUACCAACCACCAAGAGACUAGGAUAUCCAAACAAAUAGGCUCGGAAAGACAAACGAACACUACUACCGAAGAGAAGACAGAUACCCAAGUAUUCAAGAUGCGUAAGUAAUCGAUCCUAUCGCGAAAGUAAUAGAUCCUGGGGCAUUAUACUGACAAUAAUCGAUUAGCUCACCAUAAGGAUGGAAAGGGAAAAGACAAGGACAUGUACAUGGAGCGGCGACAUGGAGAAAGAUCAGCCAGCGUAGUGCACGAACCAGGUCAUCAUCAUCAUCAUCAUCAUCAUCGAUCUCACCAUCGAUCUCACCAUCAGACAGAAGGGAGCAGCAGCAGGGGCUACAACGACACAGGCUCGGCCUAUGCAAGCAGCUAUACCAGCCAGACCCCAUACACAGGAACUUCAGUAACAGGCAGUCAGCCUACGAUUUAUUACGACGAUAACGGACAGGCCAUACCAGCGAUCAUGCCAGCGGGCUUUUAUGGCUGGGACGAACGAGCGGCAAUGGGCCAGGGGGGUUACGGACAAGGUGCCGCCGCGGGCGCUUCCGCGGGGCAGACUGUUUCUACCACCGAGUCUUCCCGGACCCCUACUCAAGGUCACCACGGGCACGGCCACCACUCCUCCCACGGUCAUCGCUCUCAUGGUCACCAUUCGCACGGCCAUCAUUCACAUGGUCAUCACUCCAAUUCGAGCUCAUCCCGCCCCUCUGGACACACAAGCAAUACGCAAAAUACUAGCAGCACCCAGGGCAACACCGACGAUGGCCCGGUUCAAUGGUGGUGGGAGUCCACCCCUGGAAGCAACAGACAGUAUCUCCAGCUACGCCCCAAACCACAUGAUGCACACAAGCCGAGCCGAAAACAUUAGUAUCUUCGAG